AUGACAAGCGAAAUUUUGACUGCAGAAAUUGAAAAUAUGAGAAAUAGCGACACUGAUGAAGAAAUCGACACAAUUACGCCAUUAGUUCAAGUCGAAAGAGAAAACGCCACUGAGGAUAGUAUAGAAUUACUUAAAUCAGUUCCACAUUGCGUCAAUCAAGACGAGAAAAUGGAAAUUUCGGAUCAGAAUGGAGCAUCAUUAGGUCAAGGAUCUCCUUUGAUUCGAGAUUGUGAAGAAGAUGAUCCUUAUAAGCCUGAAGGUACUCUGCGUUUAUCCAUCCAGCGAUUUAGUGAAUUUGCCCGAGGUACUGCGGAGAAUCAAAAAUUAAGCGACCCGGUUUACGUUAGAGGCUUGCCUUGGAGGAUUUUGGCUAUGCCUCGUGAACAAGGCAGAGUUACUUUAGAUCGAAGAUCAGUGAGUCGAGCUUUUGGGUUUUUUCUGCAGUGCAACGGUGAGGCUGAAGCUAUGUCUUGGUCUUGUACUGCAAGCGCAGUUUUGACAGUGCUCGCACAAAAGCCUGGAAUCGAAAACCAUGUUCGACGUAUAAAUCAUACAUUUUAUCAGAAAGAAAAUGAUUGGGGAUAUUCUCAGUUUUUACCAUGCGAGACAUUGCUUAAUCCCGAAAAUGGUUAUAUCAAAGAUGAUACAAUUAAAUUGGAAGUCACAGUUAUGGCUGAUGCUCCUCAUGGUGUUCAAUGGGAUAGUAAAAAACAUACAGGAUUUAUCGGUUUGAAAAAUCAAGGAGCAACCUGCUAUAUGAAUUCAAUUCUACAAACAUUUUUUUUCACUAAUCAGUUGAGAAAGGCAGUUUAUCAAAUGCCGACAGAAAACGAUGAUCCGGAGACAUCCGUAGCUCUUGCUAUGCAACGUGUAUUUUACGAGCUUCAAAAUUCUGAUAAGCCUGUAGGAACCAAAAAGUUAACGAAAUCUUUCGGCUGGGAUAGCGUGGAAUCAUUUCAUCAGCACGAUGUUCAAGAAUUAUGUCGAGUAUUGCUGGAUAACCUUGAAAAUAAAAUGUCAGGAACAAAAGUAAAAAACACAAUUCCUUCGUUAUUUGAAGGAAAAAUGAAGUCAUAUGUACGUUGUACAAAUGUCUCUUUUGAAUCAAAUCGGGUUGAAUCAUUUUAUGACCUUCAACUUAACAUAAAGGGGAAAGCUAAUGUGAUAGAAUCAUUCGCCGACUAUACUGCUUCAGAAACACUCGAUGGGGAUAAUAAAUACGACGCUGGUGAAUUUGGACUACAGCCUGCUGUCAAGGGUGUUAAAUUUAUUUCCUUUCCACCUAUACUGCAUUUACAGUUAAUGCGUUUCCAGUAUGAUGCACAGCAAGAUGCAAAUGUUAAAAUUAACGAUAGAUUUGAAUUCCCGGCUAUACUAAAUUUGGAUGCAUUUAUAGAAGAUGGAGAUAAUAAAGGGAAAAAUGAGUUUUUGCUUCAUGCAGUUUUAGUUCAUUCAGGGGAUUUUCAUGGUGGACAUUAUGUUGUUUUUAUAAAUACGAAUAUGAAUGGAUUAGCCAAGUGGUGUAAAUUCGACGAUGAUGUAGUUUCACGUUCUUCCAUUCGUGAUGCGAUUGAUUCAAACUAUGGUGGAGAUGACCCUGAAUUACCCGGAAAAUCUUUCACUAAUGCAUAUAUGCUUGUUUAUAUUAAAAGGACAUGCAUAAACGAAGUAUUAUGUCCAGUUACUGAAGAGGAUAUACCUCGACAUCUUCGACUUCGUUUUGAAGAAGAAAAAACAGCUGAUGCAAAGAAAAAAAAGGAAAAAAUGGAAGCACAUCUCUUUACUGAAAUUAUUGUAUGUAAUUCAUGUUAUUCCUCAUCGCCAGAUUUUUAUCAUUACUGA